UCUUACUACGGUGGACUUGAUGCCGGUGGGAUCGUCACGCUGCAGACAACAAGUACCAACCCCUGGAUCCAACCAGCUCAGUCAAGUCAGACAAAUAUACUUAACACACGUUUAAUUUCUCCUGGAGCUUCGUUACCAACCCGGAGUCAAACAGACAGACGGACUUUCUGUCUUUCUUCGUGUCCUUCCUCUGAAUACUGCGCGGACUGAAUGGCGGCUUGUGAGACGCGGAGCAGGACGCAUGAGGUCGGAGUGUUCGUGGAGCUGAGACGGAGGCUGCAGACCGGACUCCUCAUCGUCGGGAAAGAUUUGGCCGGAAGUCCCGCCGACGUGACCGUGACGGGCGGAGAUUCGUCGCUCUGUGUCCGGACGCGGCGAGGCGAGCUGAGCCUGACUCUGCCGGCAGGAGUCGCCUUGGAGCAGGGAUCCUGCGUCCCGACGCCUGCCGGAGAAUCCUGCGAAGAGGAGCUGCAUUACCGGCUGCGCAUCGGUGUUGAGCGAAGCUCAGAGGAAGAGGCUUCUGACAGCGUGAUGGAGACACUCCGGGCAAAGGAGACUUAUUGCUUCCACUGCCAGGGCUGCAUGACCAGGCUGCUGGAGGACAGAGUGUUUAAGCGAGUACUUCCUCUCCCCAACGGCAACUGGAACGCCCUCGUGGAUGACUGGUGUUGCCACCCGGAUCCGUUCGCUAAGAAGUUGCUGCCCAGAGCGGAGGACUGUCUACUGGGCGACACCUUCCUGCUUCUGGCCAGAGACGACGGCUGUGAUCAGACCCUCACAGAGGAAGUGAGCCCCGUCGGCGCGGAGGACGGUCAGGAUCCAAAGAAACCCUGCCGCCGACUGACACUCAUCUCCUGUAAGAGCUGUUCCACCGCGCUGGGAGAGGCCGUCGCACCAGGGACCCUGAAACUGUACUUCACGCAGGUGGUGGUGGAGCCCGCAGUGGGAGACAGAAAGUGGGGAGCCUCACUUGACAGAUCUCUCUUCCUGGAGAGGACGAUAGCGGCCAGGCUGUCGGAGCUGUCCAACUCACUGUGCACCUUCCGCUUCACCGUCCAAACUCCUGACGGAAAGGCCUUCUUAUUGCUCUGGCUACUGAACAGCGACUCCAUCAUCGCGUCGGUGCCGGAGACGCGUGUCGGGGGUUUGAAGUCUAUCGGCCCCGCCGCUCUGCACAGUCCAUCACCCGGAGCUGCCAGAGCCCUGAAACUCCUCUACGUCGCCUGCUCCGACACGGGCGCCCAGCAGAGAGACAUCGUAACUAGCUGGGAGGUCAGUGUCAUCGGACAUCCCGUGGUGCUGCCGCUGAAGGUGUGCGAGGAGCUGCAGCAAGUGAUAGACGACAGCAAUUCUACGCUUCCUGCGUCGAUGCGUCGCAUGCGGUCCUAUCAGGUGGCAUACCUGAGACUCUGAGGUCGAAGGCCAGAAUCCAGGAGGAGGUCACGACUCGACUCGUUGGUCUUCGUGGAGAAUCCAAGAGGACGGACCGGCUGGAGGCGGAGCCAACAUGUACGCGUGCUUGUAUGUGUUAAGGUGACACACGGAAGAAAAUGCAGCAAGCGUGGAAUAGCUCGUCUGACAUCAUCUAGUUGUCGCUUCUGUCGACAUGUUCGCCGGCGCAUCAUCACCUGCGAACGGAUUCAUGUUGCCGCAAGUUGUUGCCAGGCUGAUGCUUCACAUUAACACACGUCCAGUAAACGCAAAAAAAAACUGGGAAGAGAAGAACAACACCCAAAUAGUUUCUCAUAGAAUUCCUUUGUGGUAGUUCAGUGGUGGUUUGUAUGGUGAAUGUUUUAGUUUUUUUCAGUUCUCAACUCUUUUUUUUAUUUUGUAUUUUUCUAAACAAUGUCAACAAAAACAUAAAACUCCUGUAUUGUGAAAGUA